AUGCGCGUCCUAGACUUACGCGGAGGCACGAAACCGCCCGGGCCACCGCAAACUGUUUUGAGCGAUGAGCGGCCUCGGAACAGGGAGCAUAUGCUCGCUGAAUGUACGGCCGCGCAAGAGCGAUGGCAAUUAGCGAGUGCCGAGUUACACGCCGCAAUGAUCGGGCGCUACGCGAUGACAAUACACAGCUUUGUGAACGGCGCGUGGAGGACUGCGCUUCGCAUGUGCUCGGAGCUUUUACGGUUUCGACGCCCGCCAUAUGACUCC